UCUACACUUUUAAUCCUCUUAUUCAAAUUAUUACCCUUAUGAUCUGUAUCUAAUCAAUGCAUCGUCUGACUUUUACAUCCAAUAGCAUAGAUCUAAAAUUCACCAAAGAUCAAACUUGUGGUUGAACUAGCAACUACAUUCAAGCCACGACUCACACCCAUCCCCAGACAGCACUCAUCAAACAGUGAGCACCCUCGCCGAGUCACCAUGACCGCUGAGAACGCGGCCCUCCAAACACUCGGAGUGGUGGGGCAAUGGAUCUGGGGCGAUGACGAAGAAGACGUGGUAUUCGCCCAGGCCUACGGGCAUGAGAGAACUCUGACAUUCCGCCUGACGCGAGACACCAGCAAUCCAGCCAAGUCGUCUCUAGCAACACGAAUCGUGAACGGCUUCCACGAUGUCGAAGUGGACGAUCCACAAGCUACCUUUGUCGAACGUGCCGAUAUGCGCCGUGCGAUAUGGAAUGCAGUCGCUCAGGUCUGGGACAAGUGCAGCCAGCAGGCUACUGUCACGGAUCCGGAUGCCAUCAUUGACCUUUUGGACGCCGACCUGGCAAACGACAGUCGCAGGGUGACUUGGCGGAUCUGUCAUGAGCCAAAGUUCGACGACUUCAUCGGCUUGCUAUUGCCGGUCAGCAAACUGUCCGUCGGAGACGCUGUUCAGUUAGUGGGCUUCGAAGAGCUUGUGUUGUCUCAACAGCUCGGCGGCAAAGGCUGUGCCACUCUCGCACACACGGCCUCGGAUCCCACGACUCUACUAGUCUUCAAGGGUGUUGAUUUCCGGACAUUUCUACACACCUACGAAAGCGGACACGUGAACGAGGUGGUCAGAAGCUUCUACCAUAGCAUCGAGCUUCUCAAUCACAUGCCGCCCCAUCCCAACAUCCUGCCUCCAGCACAAACCCUCGUCACUCUCGCAAACACUCACACUCGCACACCUGUUGUAUGCGGAACCCUUUACCCCUACCUAGCGAAUGGAUCAAUAAGCGACUACAUCGAGCGAAGCAACCAAUCCGGCGAAGAGAUUCCACUGCUUCUCAAAGCUCAAUGGUGCCACCAGAUGUCCUCAGCAGUCGCACACGUCCACCACGAAGGACAUACCUACCACAUGGACCUCAAACCCGGCAACUUUCUCCUCGACCGAGACCUGAACGCCGUGCUAAUCGACUGGGAACAAGACGACGCCCCCAUCUCAACAGCAGCUCCCGAGAUCGACGGUACAUGGGACGUCGAAGAGGUGACUCUCGACUCCAGACCCCUUCUGCGCUACACCAAGUACGCAGGACCCGCACGCCGCAACACCGCAGCAACCACACCAGGAACAAACGGGUGGAACACAUGGAACGUCUUCCCGGUCUGGACAAGAGAAUGCCCACGCGCAGCGGAGCUAGCAGAGGUCUUCAGCCUCGGCCGCAGCAUGUGGAUGGUUCUCAGCGAGCCGACGGGCGCAACGUUCGAGGAUAUCUCAAGCUCAGACGAAGUCGUGGUAGAUUGGCAGCACGGGCACGGGCACAACCUCCCAGCGGCCUGGAUCGCCGUGGUGAAUACAUGCGUCGACUCCGAUCCCAACAAACGGCCCAGCCUGGCCUACCUCGAGCGGUUCUGGGAAUCUCAGUACCGGCAACUUCGCACGCCACUGGCUUGAGAGAGCGCGCGCACGGAAACACUUGUUGUGUGGAAGGCACACAGAUUCGAUUGUACGUACGUACGGGGGGGGACGACCCCUUGCCCUGUCUGUUUGGAUUGUUCGGCUUUGUUCGGGAAUCGGGAGGGUUACAAUGGGUCACUGCCCCAUUCCGAGCAUUUCCGCCAGCGUCGACGCCCGAUGUCGAUAAGCUGUUUAGCCAGCGUCACGUAGCUAUAACUCCCAAAUCGCCCGCGACUU